AUGGCGAACAACCGGUUGCUUUCACCAUUUACUCUGGUGUUGAUUUGUACAGCAAUUCAAGUGAUACGCACUGAAGACGAGCAACACGAUGCGCGCGAAGGAGACGACGUUACUAUGCAAUGCAGGUUCGGUGGUGAGGUGAGCCCUGGGGACUCGCCGACCUACUACUGGGUGCGCAGCACGGCGAGUGGACACGACAACGUCGCCAUAGGAAAUAUUCCACUGGAAACUAAUUACAAAGUCAUCUAUGCGACAUCGGAGGGACGUUAUGACCUUAUGGUCUCAAACGUGUCUUACGAGCGUGACAACGGUAGAUUUGAGUGUCGCAUUAAGGCAGGUGGGUCCGGGCGGACGUUGCACUCUCAGGGACACAACUUGGUGGUGCUUACUCAGCCGCAGCCACCCCUUUUGAGCCCGGGCACUCAUGCCCAGGCGCAAGAAGGUCGAGAACUCAAUCUCACUUGCUCGUCGACAGGUGGUUCGCCUAGCCCCGAUAUAAAAUGGUAUCGGGAUGGUUCUACGUAUCCCAUGGAGGCGAGCAUAGUGCAUGGUAGGACGAGGUCGGAGCCAUCUUUGGCCACCCUGACCCUCGUACCAAAUAGAGAAGAUGAUGGAGCAACCUUCCGAUGUGUCGUGUGGAAUCGAGCUAUGCCAGAUGGGCAGAGACUGGACUCCAAUGUCGAGUUAAGUGUUAACUAUUUUCCCCGAAUCGAAAUUGGCCCGGAAAAUCCGUUGCACGUUGAAAUUGACGGCACAGCCACGAUGGAAUGUAAAGUUGACGCAAAACCUAAAGUAAGCAGCGUACGGUGGACUCGAAAUGGCAAAUAUAUUUCGAAUUCCUUCAUACACACUAUACAAGGCGUAACUGUACAGGACGCAGGGAAAUAUACUUGUAGUGCUGACAAUGGUCUAGAUCAUCCUGGAGAAAAAGAUAUCUAUUUAGACGUUCUAUACCCCCCUAGUGUUACAGUAGACUCAAAAACGUAUGAUGCCGAAGAGGGAGGCACUGUUGAAAUACGCUGCGAGGUGUCGGCGAACCCGGAACCAAUAUCUAUCGAAUGGACUAAAGAGGGAAAACCCGACUUCCGGCAAAAGGGAAACACACUUGUUCUAACGAGAGUGAACGCGGAAAUGGCGGGGACAUAUAUUUGCAAAGCAAUAAAUGUUAUAACAUCGUCGACAGGGAACCGUAUGGAACGGGCUAGUAGUGCUUCGGUUGCUGUAUUGGUGAGACAUAAGCCGGGUAGAGCUUUUAUUAGCCCCGAUCGACCCGUUGCUCAAGAAGGUGCGGGAGUCACACUAACUUGCAGCGCUAAACCACCGGGGUGGCCUUCUCCACAAUACAGGUGGUUCAGAGAUAUCGAUGUUGGGGACGUCAAACCAAACGUUCUCGCGACCGGUCACAAAUACACAAUACCCAGUGCACACCUUGGCAGCGAAGGAGUUUAUCACUGUCAGGCCACUAACGAAUUAGGGCACGGUGAAAUAGCUUCAGUGAACCUUGAAGUGUACCAACCUCCACGGUUCCAGUCGAAACUUCAACCGCAUAUGAUCAAGAAUUCGGGGGAGAGGAACUUUUCUUUAACAUGUGUUGCACUAGGAAAGCCCCUGCCUCACGUCAAAUGGUAUAAGGACAAUUCUGAAAUAAAGGCUGACGCUAAUAUGUAUGAAGUGAAAACAGAGAUUAAUGAAAGCCGCAAUGCUGUAUUCAACAUUCAGAGCAUGCUUAGAUUCAAAGGUCGAGCUAGACCUAACGGUGACGAUUUACUUCCCGACGACAGGGGAGUGUAUUCUUGUUCCUUCGAGAAUGAAGUGAAGAAAGUAGAAUCCACUAUGCAGUUACGCAUUGAACAUGAACCGAUUUCGAUUCGGCAACAAAACAAAGUCGCGUACGACGUGAUGGAAAACGCCGAAAUCUCGUGCAGAGUCCAGGCUUAUCCGAAGCCGGAAUUUCAGUGGUUUUACGGCUCAAACACCGCGCCACUGCAAAUGUCCUCAGACGGACAUUACGAAAUUACAACCACAACGGACAAUAACGACUCCUAUUUAAGUAUUCUGCUUAUACGAAACGUCAAAGGGCCAGAUUAUGGCGAUUAUUACUGUAAGGUGAAGAACUCCCUAGGCAGUAUACGUCCUCAGAUCAGAUUACAACCAAAGGGCGCCCCAGAAUCCCCCCGUUCCCUGGCCAGCCAAAAGGUGGGCCCCACAUUCGUAACUUUAAAAUGGGAAGCAGGAUUCGACGGAGGAUUGUCGAAUACGAAAUAUUUUGUUCUAUACCGAAGACUGAAAAACCCAGCCGCGGGAGAACACUGCGCUUCCGAAAGAACAGACGAGUACGACUGGAAAGAAUAUGACUGCCGCAGAUCUAAUCCUUGUAAUGUUACUAGAUUAGACCAACAUAAUACCUAUCACUUUAAGGUGAAAGCUGUCAACACUAAGGGACAAAGUAAUUAUUCCAACGAGAUUGCCGUUACAUCGAAGGUCGAUACUAUUCCCCCACCGGAACAAGUGACGUUCGAUCCCAGCACCAGAUCGGUGUCGUACAGCGUGGCAGCUACUUGUCUACCCCUCGUGGGAGUUGUGGAGGGUCUUGGUGCUGUCGGUGGUUGGCAGGUCGUCGACACGAUGCCCCUUCGUCUAUCGGGUAUCAGUUCAACAAUACAAGAAACUACUUUGGACCCGCCCACUUCACGCGGCAGAGGCUCAUCGGUCCCCCCAUUAGACCAAUUAAACCCUAGAGUUCGCCUAAGACUGUGUUUACAAGACAAUCAAGAUACGUGUAGCGAAUACACAGAGGCCGAUAUCGGUCCAUCGUAUACGAAAGAAGCUGCCGCCCUGACCACGGCGACGGUAAUCGCCAUCGUGGUGUCGUGCCUCGUCUUCCUUCUCUUCUUAAGUCUCCUAUUCAUAUUCUGCCGCUGUAAACGCAACGAGAACAAGAAGGAAACCUCCAAAGACUACGAAAUGGACUCCAUGAGACCGCCCAUGGUCUCCCCGCCCAAUCAGGCACCGCCGCCUUACUACCCGAGCACUGGAAUGGAGAAUAAGGCUCUAGAACACUCUAUGGACUUGCAAUUAGCUAUGGACGAUUCCAAGAACGCGGUAUACGCUACGCAGGGAGGCUACGGGUACCACAUAGCGCCCCACGCUCAGGGUCAUCCCGGACAAAACCUUACAAAUUCAGACUGGGUGAACAUGGGGUAUAUUGAAAAUAGCUACACGAACAGUAACAACGGUGGAAGCGUCAACUCCCAGGAUUCCUUGUGGCAGAUGAAGAUGGCCGCUGCUAACUCAGCACCUGGGAUACCGCCACACCAGAUGGUCGAACGACAAAGCAAUUAUGGAUAUGAUCCCAUUGCCCAUGGCGGUUAUGGUACAAUCGACGAUUACGCACCUUACCCCCCACUGCCGCAUGGAAACCACAGCACGCACGGUAGUCAUGCUGGUGCCGAUUACGCCAUGCGCUCUUCACAAACACCAUCGCGACAGGACUACUGCUCGGACCCCUAUGCUUCUGUCCACAAGCCCAAGAAAAGGGUGGACCAGCAUAUCGAAUCUCCCUACCAUGAAGUAAGCGGUCUGCCCGAGACAUACGGCGGUGGGCCUGAAGAUGCCACACCCGAAGACAAGCCACCUCACCUCUCACUCAGUUACGACGAAUCCCUAGAAUCUGGGUACUCUACGCCGAAUUCUCGCGCCCGAAGGGUUAUACGUGAGAUCAUUGUUUAG